CUUAAUUUGCAGAUUAAUUUCUCAAAAGCGUUUUGUUGACCAAGACAAAUUUCAACGACUUUCAUUUCCGCGUUUUAUGUGUUACGAAAGACUGCAGGAAAAUAUAUCAAGACUUAAAGCAAAAAAUGGGUAAAGGUGGUAGAAAAUUAGAAAAUGGAGACUCAAAAGUAAUUCCAUGGUCUGAAAUUGAAACUCACAACAACAGAAAUGACAGUUGGGUGGUUAUACUCGGGAGAGUUUACAACGUGACAAAUUUCAUGAAAAAACAUCCCGGCGGUGCGAGACUUCUAGGAUCGUAUGCGGGACAGGACGCAACAGAUGUUUGGACUGGAAUGCACAAUGACAAGGACUUUGUUGGCAAGUUCAUGAAACCACUGUACAUUGGGGACGCAGAACAAAGGGACACGAUUGAAUUGGAGAAUGAUUUUCGAGAGUUACGGAAACAUGUCGAGGAUUCAGACUUACUGCGUGUUAACCCGAUGUUCUAUAUUCUGCACCUUGUCAGCAUUCUGGCAUUCGAGGUGGCAGGAUACCUUAUACUCUCUCGUCUCGGCAUUUCCUGGUUCCCGUACAUCACUGCUGCUACAUGCUUUCUGAUAUCACAGGCGCAAGCUGGCUGGCUUCAACAUGAUUUUGGCCACUUGUCCGUCUUCAACAGUCGGAGACUCAACCAUAUUGCACAUCAUCUAAUCAUUGGACACUUGAAGGGGGCGUCUUCACACUGGUGGAAUUUCCGUCACUUUCUUCACCACGCAAAACCGAACAUCAUCAAGAUUGACCCUGACGUGAAGACAGCAAACUUGUUCCUUCUCGGGGAGGUGAUGCCGAAGUUGUUUGGAACGAAAAAGCGUGGAAUGAUGCCAUACCAGUACCAACAUGUGUACUUCUUCCUCUUGAGUCCACUUCUCUUGCCAACAUACUUUGUGUUUGAAAACCUUUUCUUUGUCGUCAAAAGACGCGAUUAUGUGGACCUAUUUUUCACUGCGUCGUUUUUCUUCAAGUUAUUUUCACUGUUGGGACCCAUUCUCGGGGGCUGGGGAACUUUCUGGUUCUUCAUGUUUGUCAGGUUCUUUGAGAGCUACUGGUUUGUGUGGUGUACCCAGAUGUCACACAUUCCGAACGAAGUUGACUUUGACCAUGCAAAGGAUUGGUUCCGUCUGCAGCUUGACUCGACAUGUAACGUUAACCCAUCUUGGUUCAACGACUGGUUCUCUGGACAUCUCAACUACCAGAUUGAGCAUCACCUGUUCCCAACCAUGCCUCGACACAACUUUGGUAAAAUAGCGCCCCUUGUGAUUUCCCUUGCGAAGAAACAUGGAGUAAAGUACAGUUGUAAAUCACUGCCUACAGCCUUCGCAGACAUACUUCGGUCCCUUGAACACUCCGGUGAAAUUUGGUACAACGCGUAUUAUGAAGGAUUGGACAGCUAGAAAGGGUACUUCUCACAUGCUGUGAUAGUUCAACAGUCUCGUCUCACAUAAAUGACAGCAUGAUAAUCAACUAAAAGGUCUCAACAAGGGAAGUUCUCAGAAAGCUUGAUGAUCAUGGAACCACAUCUCCUGAAAUGACCUUAAGAUAAUCACUAAAAUGGAUGAGUUAUAGUAAGGGUAUUUCUCACAAACUGUGGUAAUAAAUGUUCUCACUGAAUGAUUGUCAACAAAUUGUCUGCAUGAAAAUAACAGUAUUUUAUGAUGAAUCUGUGAUUAACCCGUUUAUUGUAUUCUGACAGUAUAAACUUUUGUUUAUAGUUAUUUAGAUAUAAAAAAUAUUAAAACAAACAAGAACUAUAUGGUGUACAAGAAAUGUAUGUUGGAUGAAAUGUCUUUGAUUGUUGGUUAUAACUUGAUAAUGUUGUUUGAUUUCAAAAUAUAAAGUUAUUUUUUUUGAAUAUAUUCAAAUGAUUUGUAUUUCAAAUUAUCUCCUUCAAGUCAUAUUUUUGAUUGGUGAUUGAUUAUCUGUUCCAUGAAUUGUUUGCAAAACAAAUAUAUUUUUAUGUAUUAUGCAUAAUAAUGACCACAUUUCUUCACUUCCAGUGGUGUUAUAUUGACAAAUAUUUGAUACAGUACAUGUAUAUAUGUGUAGUAACUUGUUCUCUAUUCUGUAUCAGGCUCAAUACCGGUACAUCAUCUACUGUAAGCUGCCAUUUUCCUUGUUUUUAUAUGUUUCAUGUGCCUAGUAUUUUAAGUUACAGGGUUUAUAAUAAGUAAGCGACCCGAUAUAGGAUAUACGGGGCAAAAGAUACCAUAAUAUGGUUUCCUGUAACCAGUAUAUCCCAUAUUGGGUCACUUACUAACCCGUGACGUAUAUAUCAUGUUCACAACCUAUUUAUAUUGAUCAGUGUUUCAUAUAUUCAUUGGAAUCGGAAAAUAGACGCCAUUUGGUAUAAUAUAAAGAUUAGUGACCCAGUGUGGAAAAAUAUGGAAUGUUACCAGUCCUGGUCCAGUGGCGUUGUGUCAUUCAUGUUGGAGGCGUAAUAUACAUGUUGAUCUCUUCAUAUCAACCAUAACUAUAGCUGUGGUCCAGAUAAUCAUCUUUUUGCAAUUGGUAUGGGCUGCAUCAUUAAUCUCAUGGCUCAAUGUUUUGGCUGCUGGAUGUGUCCCUGUUGUUUCUAUUCCAUUAACAUAUUACAUUGAUUUUUGAAGAUAUGUUAAUAAGAACUGAAUUUUAAUCUGAACCAUUAGAACAAUGAAAGAUGAUAUUUUCUCCAUAAUAACAAACCAUUUAUAGUUCCAAACUUUAUAUUUCAAGGCCUGUUUAAAGCUUAAUCAUUCUGCUGUACAUAACAGACAGUGGUCAACAUAUAUUAAUGCUGGUCAUACAUUAACGCUGGUCAACAUAUAUUAACCCUAUGUUUAUGACUUCUAUAUUAGAUUUAUGAGCAGCUGUUUACUUAUUAGUAUGUUCGUAAUCAACUGUUGAUCCUAGACUAAUUUAUACAAUCAAGUAUAUGUAUAUAUUAUUUUUUAUAUCGUCCAAAUACCAUAAUUUUUUUUUAUAUAAAAUGCUCAUUUUACUAUAGUAAUUAUUUUUCUAUUUUUAUACUAUGAUUUUAUUUUUUGCACAAUAUUUGUUCCAAUGUUCUUAGACCAUGGUCUUGUUCCUGGUAUCUGUUUUGAUCUUUGAAUAAAUUAUAAUUGA